UGAACAUGUAUUCACUCAUGAAUUCUGAUGCUGGUUUUUGUUUACAAGCAUAUGGAUAAACUGGGUAUUGUACAAGUGUACAUGAGUAUGAGUGUUUAUGCUUGGUCUUAACACACUUCCCAUUAGUUUAACUGUUGUUUAUUUGCUGUUUUGCCUCAUUUUGUUGUUGCACUUUUCCAACAUGUAAUAUUCUCACUAUAUUUACUGUCGUCACUUAAAGCUCUUUAUAUACCAUUGUUGUGAUCAACAGUUCCUCAUAGAUGGUUUCAUAUUAGGGAUGUAUCAGUACAUGUAUUCAUAUUCUGAUUUUUUGGUAUGGAGACAUCUGUUUGGUACAGCUAUAUAUGGAUUUCUCUCAGAGUACAGAUUUCAAAUGAGAGACAGGAAGUGUACUUUUGGCCUUCAAAUGCACCUCCAGAAGCCCGGGUGGUGUACCUAAAAGUGAACGGAAAGGCAAGGCAUUCAGUGUGGAAGCGGAGAUCUAGGUGGACAAAAAUUGCAGCCCAGCAUUUGACUAUAGUGCCAAGGAGAAGCCAGAGCUUGAAAACCCUCUUCCAUCAUUAGUGUCCUGAUUUUGAACACAUCAGCACCUGGUGAAAUACAUCGAUGUACAAAUACAAGUGGCUAAGAGAAAGCAGUGUGUCACCAUUGCUCAUUAAAAAUCGGCAACUGUUCUCCAAGCUGAUUAAUGCUGCACUUCAGCCAAUAAGGAAUUUCAUGUACAAAAUAUGAAAUAAUUUACACUCACUCGUAAACUCUGACUGUUGCGCUUGCACUUUGCACUUGCACUUUGAUCUUGCACUUGCCUAAAAACUUUACUAAAACUUCCUAAAACACUGUAAACCAGGGGUUUCCAAAGUGCAGCCUGGGGACCAUUUUCGGCACACAGCUUGUUUUUUUUACUGGUUGGCAGUUUAUUCUCAAUAUAACAUGCAUUUUUAAUGAGAUAUAUCAUCAUAUAUGACACUAAUUUGCUUUGUGACCUAUAACACAAAGCUUAUAUAACUUAUGAUACAGUAUACUGAACCACAUUAGAUUGAGUUUAGCAUCUUUAAUGCAAAAAAUGUAUACCCCCCCCCCCUCCACUACACCCCCCCCCACAACACAUCCUUACAUUUAUCUGUAUGCUAUAUCCAUAUUUGAUUUUUUUGAUUUGAGAACCUUUUCAUGGUUCAUUAAAAAAGAAAUCAAACGUAAAAGUGAAGCACUUUUAUGGUUGCAUUUUGUUCUCUUACUGUACCCAAAAUGAACAGCACCAUCACCUUAAAAUGGCGGCAUGUACUGAACCGUAAUUAUGAAGUACCAUAUUAGCCGUUACAAGUUAUCUCAUGAGAUUUUAUUUCUCUCACAAAUAAUGUUGUUUUACAGGAACAAUAUUAAUGUCUUAAUAACCAUUCAUUGAUUCCUCACAAACAUAUUACAGUAAUAUGAGUGCAUGGUUUGACCCCACCAUGGUUAUUGUGUAUCAUAUAGUUUGGCUUAGAUGCAAGUGCACACUUUCCAUUUUGGUUGAGAGGCAAUUAUGAUGAUGUCUACACACUGAAUUGAAUUGUUCUUGUCCAGUUGUUCUUGAUGCUUACCUUUUGGUCAUGAAUUUUUCAUGAAAGGUUUUGGUGCAGACUUGUGGUUAUCAAGCUUUCUUGUAAUGCAGCUUGACCAUUAUUGAGACGUGUUUCCUGUCUAUUUCUCUCCAGUUACAAACUGCUCAGUUUGGCAUUGAUUAUAUAUUAUAAACAUCAGAAAAACUAAUUCUGGAUACUGUUUUCUGGAUCAACUUAAACUCUGAAACAAAAUUACCAAGACUGAAUAGUGAAAUAUUAAGUUUAAACAUUACUAAUCUUAAGAAGAAUGUUGUUUUAUUUAGUGACUUGUUCAGUCCAUUUUUUUUUUUUCAUACAGUCAAUUCAGAAAGGUAAAGAAAGUUAAGUGAUUUGUUUUUUUUUUUCGGGUUAUUGAUUACAAUUGUUGCAAAUCAUUGUGUGUGGUUACUGUGGUAAAAAUGUGGUUUAAUUUUCGUAAUAGCAAAGUUUUAAUCUAGGGAGUAUGAAUACAUAAUUUCAUCAUGUAAAAUUCAAAGUAUCAACUGUUACAGUGCUGAUCUUUAAAAAUCAACCCAGUGUGUUGUUAGAUGCUUAGAAAGUUCCUUUCAUUUGCUUGCAUUGCAAGGCUGAUCACAUUCAUCUUCACUCGUGUUUCCAACCUUAAAUGCGUUUAUAAAUUACAAUUUAAAUGUGUCUUCUCUUGUCGUUGCCAUUCAUUCGAUAUUUGUAAACACAUCCGAAUUACAAGCCAGUAAAGUAACAAUUUUGGUCUCUGUGUUGUUAAGCAAUGUUGACUUGUUGAAGAAAUACUAUAUUUGUUUUUUUUAAGUAACGGUGGUUCAUUCUUUAGGCAAAAUAAUUAUAAUGCUUGUAUUAUUAGCAGCUUUUUAAAUGUUUUUUGCUAUACAGUAACCACCAGCACACCAUAAUAACCAAUUGUUUUAUUUGCCUUGUGAUUCGUGUAACUUUUCAGACAAGGUGAAUAAAAUAAAAUAGGCCUAUACAAACAUACUGUACUUUAAGGCAUAUGUUUUUGAAACGUCAUGCUGCUAUUCGAUGAACAAAGCCAGUCUUCAUAAACAUAUUCCUUAUAUGUUUUGUGCACAAUUUCAUUAUGAGGUUUUUUUAUUUAUUUUAUGAACUCAAGUAUUUGUAUGUUAUUGUGGAAGCAAAAAACAUUUGUCAUUUCAGGUAGGGUACAUCAUAAAUGCAUUCACAUUAUUAUAGCCUCUUUAAGACAGAUACUGAACAAAAAAUAGGCUGAUAUUUGUUGGGCUUAUUUUAAAUAUGUUGAGUGCAAUAAACGUUUUGUCUGCAUAACGUCGAUUUAAACUGAUGUGUCGGUGUCGGUGUUUAUUUCAAACCAUACUCAUGGUGGCGCAAUAGACCAAUUUUCAAAUUAAUGAAUGCCCUUUUUUUCUUUUACGUUGGACUGACGUUCAGUUCUGAUGUUAGUGAUUUUGUAGACCACAUUGUAUCAUUCUACAGCGUGUUACGCGGGCGUCCAUGAUGGAUUGUAACACAUCCUGGUUUCACUCGCGCACCUUUUAUUAUCUCCUCCUUUUGUUACAUUCCGCAUAUGGAGACUUGAGCUUUUCCUUUCCCGAGGAGAUGAAACGAGGAUACGUUAUUGGGAAUUUAGCCAAAGAUCUCGGACUGGAGGCUAACGCGCUGUCCGCCAGGAAAGCCCGCAUUGACGCCGAGGGGAGCGGCAAACGUUAUUGUGAUCUAAACGUGAAAAGCGGAGAGCUGAUUGUCGCCGACAGGAUUGACAGAGAAGGGCUUUGUGGGCACAAGGCUUCGUGUGUCCUAAAACAUGAGGUCGUGCUGGAGAAUCCUUUGGAGCUUCAUCGAAUUAAUCUGCACAUUCAAGAUGUCAAUGAUAACGCACCAAUGUUUAACGACGACUUGAUUAAUUUGGAGAUUCAUGAGCUGGAAGUUAAAGGAGCUCGUUUUGCGAUAGAAGAGGGGCACGAUGCGGAUGUUGGACAAAAUUCAGUUCAGCAGUAUAUCCUUAAAAAAAAUGAUAAUUUCGUUCUAGCUGUCAGUGAUAACACAAUAGAGCUUGUUCUUGACAAAGAGCUUGACCGUGAAAAACAAAGUGAGAUGAAUUUACUUCUCACAGCUUUAGAUGGUGGCUCUCCUCAGAGAUCAGGUACAGUAGUCAUACACGUCACUGUGCUGGAUGCUAAUGAUAACACCCCAGUGUUCAGCCAGACUGUUUAUAAAGCCACUCUACCUGAAAACUGUCCUCCAGAUACAUUUGUGAUUAAUGUUAGUGCUAAUGAUGCUGAUGAAGGAGUCAAUGGAGAAGUAAGUUAUGACUUUGGUCAUGUUACAGAAGAUGUGAAGAAAAUCUUCAGUAUUGAUCGUAAAGUGGGCGCAAUUCGAGUAAUUGGAAUAGUUGAUUAUGAAUCAACAACAUCAUAUGAAAUACGUGUGAAAGCCAAAGAUGGACUAGGGCUGUCCUCUUAUGCUAAUGUGAUUAUUUUUAUCACUGAUGUCAAUGAUAAUGCUCCUGUAAUCAACUUAAAGUCACUGUCUAAUUCAGUACCAGAGAAUGUAUCACCUGGUACUGAGGUGGGCAUCAUUAAUGUACAGGACAGAGACUCUGAGAAGAAUGGACACGUUCGCUGCUCCAUUCAACAAAAUGUCCCCUUUAAGUUAGUUCCUUCUAUUAAAAACUAUUAUUCUCUUGUGACUACUGGACAACUGGACCGUGAACUAGUGUCUGAUUACAACAUUACAAUCAGUGCCACUGAUGAGGGCUCUCCUCCUCUGUUCUCCUCUAAAAGUAUUCACUUAUCUGUAGCAGACAUCAACGACAACCCACCUGUGUUUGAGGAACAGUCGUACAGUGCAUAUGUGAGUGAAAAUAACAAAGCUGGCUCCACUUUAUGUUCCGUUAGUGCUCAAGACCUUGAUUGGAGGCAAAAUGGUACCGUGAUUUAUUCUCUCCUAACCUCUGAGGUGAACGGUGCCCCGGUGUCCUCCUAUGUGUCUGUUAACGGGGACACUGGAGUGAUCCAUGCUGUCAGGUCUUUUGAUUAUGAACACCUGAGAAGUUUUAAAGUCUACAUCAUGGCCAGAGACAACGGUUCUCCUCCUCUGAGCAGCAAUGUGAGCGUCAGUGUGUUCAUAUCUGAUAAGAAUGACAACUCUCCUCAAAUACUGUACCCUUCCCUGGAAGGCAACUCCUUCAUGACCGAGCUGGUCCCCAAAGCUGCACAUGGAGGCUCUGUGGUGUCCAAAGUGAUAGCGGUGGAUGCAGACUCUGGACAGAAUGCCUGGCUGUCUUAUCAUAUAGUCAAGUCCACUGAUCCCGGACUUUUUACCAUUGGUCUCCACAGUGGAGAGAUCAGGACCCAGCGGGACAUUUCUGAAUCUGACAGCAUGAAACAGAACCUGAUUGUGGCAGUGAAAGAUAACGGACAGCCCCCUCUCUCUGCCACCUGCUCCAUGUAUUUACUUAUUUCUGAUAACUUGGCUGAGGUGCCAGAACUGAAGGACAUUUCUUAUGAUGAGAAGAAUUCCAAGCUGACGUCUUAUCUGAUCAUUGCGCUGGUGUCUGUGUCCACCUUCUUUCUGACCUUCAUCAUCAUCGUCGUCGGUGUGAGGUUUUGUCGCAGGAGAAAGCCCAGACUGUUGUUUGAUGGAGCAGUUGCCAUCCCUAGCGCGUAUCUUCCUCCUAAUUACGCAGAUGUUGACGGCACAGGAACUUUACGCAGCACCUACAACUAUGACGCCUACUUGACAACAGGUUCUAGAACCAGUGACUUUAAGUUUGUGUCUUCUUACAAUGACAACACGCUGCCUGCUGACCAGACUCUGAGGAAAAGUCCAACUGACUUUGAUGAGAUGUUUGGAGAUGCAGAAAGCUCCCCUGAGGUAUGA